AUGGAUUCCUUCUUAUUAACUGACUCUUUACUAAGAAACCUUUUGAGAGUACAAAGACACCUUCAAGAAUCUCCUGCAGCUGUUAUCCAUAUUACUGACGAUAUAAUAGAAUUUCUAGAUGGACAAGGCAACCCAGUUAAGAUUACUAUGGCUUCUGAUAUUAAUGGAGCUGCUAGUAGCGAAAGUAGAAUACUUCUUUUUUACGAGGACCUACAAAGAAUAGGAGACCCUAUAUUAGAACUUGAGAAGCCAGAAAGGGAUAGUUGGACUCAACAGAUAGAUUACCUCUAUAUCCGGCUUCACCUUGACCGAGUCUAUAGAUUGUAUUAUACUCAUGGAGUUUAUAAUCUAUUAGUCACUUGCCAUUUAUCAGCAAAUUCUUUAGCCGCUAUGAAUAAAGAGGAGAAUGUGUCUCUAUUAGAGGAGGUUUAA